UUCUCUUCCGCGGGGGCUCUUUUCGCCACAGCAGCCCGGAGAAGCGGCCACCUGCGGGCGCUCCGCCCGCCGCGCUCCGCCUCCUCAGGUUGGGCAGGUCGCUCCCAUUUGCUUUUGAACGACUCCGAAACUCCGGUCGCCGCGGCCUGAAACUUGACCCUUCCCGACCUCGGCAGGUUGGCGAGGCUCGGAGGGCGGGCUGUACGUGGCCAAGCGAAGUUUCACCUUCCCCCAGGAACCAGGAAACGCCGAGCUCCCUUCGGAAGGCUUCUCGGCUGGGAAGAGACCAAAGCUGCGCCCGAUCCCUGAAAAAGUUCCCGUGAACUCCGGCGCCGCGUUGCUGAACGUGGGGACGAGGCCCUUCAGCAGCUCUGGGAUCAUCUUCGUGCCUUAUUUUGUGUUUCUAACCGAGUAACAAAAUUGUUGACUGAAUGUUAGCCAUUCAUCAAAUUGAAGCAGAAGCGAACUCUACUUGUAGAUAACUUCAGCAUAAUAGAAGAUGCCCCAUUCUGGGAAAUUUCAUCAAGACAGAGGCUACAUUCCCAGGGAGAACCCCAAUUAUUUUGAUAAGAGAAGUAGGCCACCAAAUUCCUCAGGUGGAAGGUUGUCGCAAGGAACAACGGAACAUUCCAGAUCUUUCUCGGCUUUUGAAGACCCAGAGCCAAACCACCUGGGACCAAGGGACAGCUACAAUCCCCCGUCUCCCUACUAUCCUCCCAAAAAGACUUUUUCGGAGCAAUGUUCAAACCUGUGCUCCCGCAGAGGUGUCUUGCAGGUUGUCGAAGUCACUGUCAACAUUUUGGUGCUGAUCUGCAUAGGAGCAACCCAGGCGGGGGUCUCUGGUCUCACUUCUCUGGGCGGCCUAGGCUCUUUCAGCCUCGACUCAAUGUAUAGUCCAUUUCAGGGGACUGAACUCCAAGAGGUGACCGAGCUGGAUAGGCAGUACAGCCAGAUGAGAGCCCCUUCUGUAUAUGGAGGGAUAGCCUUCAGCCUGACAAUGAUGUGCCUAACGCUUCUGUUUCUCAUUGGUGGAGCAAAGCCUCUUCAUCGCCUUUCCCUUGGACUGCUUGCCGCCGAGUGUCUCUUCGACAUCCUCGCCUGCCUUGGUUAUAUAGCGGCUGUUGGCCUCUAUCUCCACUUCAUCAUUCAAGUCAACGCCACGGAUGUGUGCCUAAAGAGAGAAAGACUAUACGCAAGGCGAGGUUACACCUCAACGAAUUGCAGCGUGCAAGGCGGGGAUGCAUCCGUGGCCCUUUUCGGCCUGGUGGCUGCUUGCCUCUAUUUUGGAAGCUUGGUGGUCUGCAUUCUCACCAUUCGGGAGGUCCGCUUGUUUCAAAAGCAGCGGGACAACAGUCGUUAUAACCUUGAGAGGACCUACAGGGAAGACGACCAUCCCAAACCCUACAGGAAGAAAGAAAGCAUACCCACCGAAAGGACUGUGGGCACACUUGUGUAAUCUUACACCAGGGGAGUCAAACUUGCGGCCCACUGGCCGGAUGCAUCACACGCUGGCCAUGCCCACACCUGGUUUGGUGAAAGGGGGGAAAAUGUGAUACCUUAUGUGAUGCCACUGUGACAACGCGAAUUUGACACCCCUGACCUACACCAGGUAUCUUAAUAAAGCCAGACCCCCCUCCCCAAAAAGAUUUUUUUUUUUGCACAGAGGAGAGUUGUAUAAUAUAAUAUCAAAGAUAUGUUUUUAAAAAAUAUUAUUCCUAGCUAGGAACUUACUUCCAUCUUUACAGAAAAAGGGAAGGAAUUGCAGAAAUGAUUUUCAGGGUUUUUUGCCUGGAUAUAUGUUUUUUUUUUCACUAAGAGUUCUUCUGUAUCAUUGUCUUAAAAUUCCAUCUAGAUGUGUGCCUGAAAUCAGCUGAGAGCUUAACUUGCCUUGAAGAUAUCUAACCAUCAAGACAGGGAGAUAAUUAUUGCAAAGAGUGAAUAUGUGGAAGAUCAGUUCUUUUAAGUAUGUAUUGAUUAUACUUGUAAAUGGCCCAGAAAUCAGUUACUGGCUCCAGAUGGAAACUUAAUGGUGUUGACCCAUCAAUUUUAUUAUAUUCAGAAAUGUCUUCUUUCUCAGUGCCUCAUUGAAUAGGAAAUCUGGGCAUUAGUUCUCUAUCGUUUAAGUUCAUCGGUAUAGUACAUCUUGCCUGCCUUUGUGCUCUUCAAGUGCUUGAGACAAAUCACCAGCUAUAUGAUCUAGGCUUGUUAUUGGGUUAAGUGCAGUUCUCACUAGUAAUUGACACAGAUUUGGGG